UACAACUCCAGACGAUUCAAAGGGGGAAACUUCGGCGUGAAGUGCUUCUCCGCUCUGGCUCUCUCCAGCUCUUUCCUGCCGGGAACCGGAGGCACAGAUAGUCCUCGCACCACUGCCCGGGCUUCUCCCGGAGAGUGCCCGAGCACUGCCGGGCGCCGGCGCGAGCUGCCCGCUUGCCGGGUAAUGGGGAUCCGCGCUGUACCGUAGGAGAGUCGAGGCGGCGCAGAGGGUGGCAUCGCCCCGGGACUCCGCGGUGGGCGCGCGGGCGGGUCCCGGCGCCGGCUCGGCCGCUUCAGCUGCUGCGAGGGUAACCUUCUUGCCCAGCCUCCAGCAGCAAUGGCUCGCCGGUGAGAUUCCUGCGGGACUUUCCGUGCGGAGCUUCUGCAUCCUCUUCGCCGCUGUCCUGGGUGAAAAUGGCUGUCUAGACUGAAAUGUGCCGGCGGGGAGCAAGCCCAGGCUAUCCAGCCUAAGCCAGUCUCCAAGGCUCCGAGGUCUGGGGGACGAGCCCGGCUCUGAAAAGUGCAGGCAUGAAUUCUGGAGUUGCGGUGAAAUAUGGAAACGACUCCUCAGCCGAGCUGAGUGAGCUCCACUUGGCAGCCCUGGCAUCACUCAAGGGAGACAUAGUAGAGCUGAAUAAACGUCUACAGCAAACAGAGCGGGAACGAGAUCUUCUGGAAAAGAAGUUGGCCAAGGCGCAGUGUGAGCAGUCCCACCUCAUGAGAGAGCAUGAAGACGUCCAGGAGCGCACAACCCUUCGCUAUGAGGAGCGUAUCACGGAACUCCACAGCAUCAUUGCAGAGCUCAACAAGAAGAUAGACCGCCUGCAAGGCACCACCAUCAGGGAGGAAGAUGAAUACUCAGAACUGCGGUCAGAGCUCAGCCAGAGUCAACAAGAGGUCAAUGAGGAUUCCAGAAGUAUGGACCAAGACCAGACUUCUGUGUCCAUCCCUGAAAACCAGUCCACUAUGGUCACUGCUGACAUGGAUAACUGCAGUGACCUGAACUCGGAGCUGCAGAGGGUCCUGACGGGGCUGGAGAGUGUUGUCUGCGGCAGGAAGAAGAGCAGCUGUAAUCUCUCUGUAGCCGAGGUGGACAGGCACAUCGAGCAGCUCACCACAGCCAGCGAGCACUGUGACUUGGCCAUUAAGACAGUUGAGGAGAUUGAGGGAGUUCUUGGUCGGGACCUGUAUCCCAACCUGGCCGAGGAGCGGUCCAGGUGGGAGAAAGAGCUGGCUGGAUUGCGGGAAGAGAAUGAAAGCCUAACGGCCAUGCUGUGCAGCAAAGAAGAGGAGCUGAACCGGACCAAGGCCACCAUGAAUGCCAUCCGCGAGGAGCGGGACAGGCUCCGGAGAAGGGUCCGAGAGCUCCAGACUCGACUGCAGAGUGUCCAGGCCACUGGACCUUCUAGCCCUGGUCGCCUUACUUCUGCCAAUCGCCCGAUCAACCCCAGCACCGGAGAGCUAAGCACCAGCAGUAGCAGCAAUGACAUCCCCAUUGCCAAGAUUGCCGAGAGAGUGAAGCUAUCAAAGACAAGAUCUGAAUCAUCGUCAUCUGAUCGGCCAGUUCUGGGGUCAGAAAUCAGUAGCAUUGGGGUUUCCAGCAGCGUGGCGGAACACCUGGCCCACUCUCUUCAGGACUGCUCCAACAUCCAGGAAAUUUUCCAAACACUCUACUCACACGGAUCUGCCAUCUCCGAAAGCAAGAUUCGAGAGUUUGAGGUGGAAACAGAACGGCUGAAUAGCCGCAUUGAGCACCUCAAGUCCCAAAAUGAUCUCCUCACCAUAACCCUGGAGGAAUGCAAAAGCAAUGCCGAGAGAAUGAGCAUGCUGGUGGGAAAAUACGAAUCCAAUGCCACAGCGCUGAGGCUGGCCUUGCAGUACAGUGAACAGUGCAUAGAAGCCUAUGAACUCCUACUGGCACUGGCUGAGAGCGAGCAGAGCCUCAUCCUGGGGCAAUUCCGGGCAGCUGGCGUGGGCUCCUCCCCUGGAGACCAGUCAGGGGACGAGAAUAUCACGCAGAUGCUCAAGCGGGCUCACGACUGCCGGAAGACUGCGGAGAAUGCCGCCAAAGCCCUGCUGAUGAAGCUGGAUGGCAGCUGCGGGGGAGCCUUCGCAGUGGCCGGCUGCAGCGUCCAGCCCUGGGAGAGCCUGUCCUCCAACAGCCAUACCAGCACCACCAGCUCUACAGCCAGCAGCUGUGACACGGAGUUCACUAAAGAAGACGAGCAGAGGCUGAAGGAUUAUAUCCAGCAGCUCAAGAACGACAGAGCUGCCGUCAAGCUGACCAUGCUGGAGCUGGAGAGCAUCCACAUCGACCCACUCAGCUAUGACGUCAAGCCCAGGGGUGACAGUCAGAGGCUGGACCUGGAGAAUGCUGUGCUGAUGCAGGAGCUGAUGGCCAUGAAGGAAGAGAUGGCUGAGCUGAAGGCACAGCUGUACCUGCUGGAGAAAGAGAAGAAGGCCCUGGAGCUGAAGCUGAGCACCAGGGAAGCCCAGGAGCAGGCCUACCUGGUGCACAUCGAGCACCUCAAGUCUGAGGUGGAGGAGCAGAAGGAGCAGAGGAUGCGUUCUCUGAGCUCCACAAGCAGCAGCGGCAAAGAGAAGCCUGGCAAGGAGUGUGCUGAUGCUGCCUCCCCAGCUUUGUCCUUGGCUGAAGUAAGGACAAACAGUGACAGUGACCUGGCCACAGAGUUUGCCAGUGCCAUCCGACGGGAGAAGAAACUGAAGGCCAGAGUUCAAGAGCUGGUCAGCGCCUUGGAGAGACUCACCAAAAGCAGUGAGAUCAGACACCAGCAGUCAGCAGAGUUUGUUAAUGACCUGAAGCGGGCCAACAGUAACCUGGUGGCUGCCUAUGAGAAAGCAAAGAAGAAGCAUCAAAACAAGCUGAAGAAAUUGGAAUCUCAGAUGAUGGCUAUGGUGGAACGACACGAGACCCAAGUGAGAAUGCUCAAGCAAAGAAUAGCUCUGCUGGAGGAAGAGAAUUCCAGGCCACACACCAAUGAAACCUCGCUUUAACAGGCACUCAGGCCCCGAAGUCCUGCCCUGUGGGGCAAAACUCCAGAGCUCUAAUGUCCUCUGCAGAUAAAGGGUCCAAGGAAGGGCAAGACUGCAUAGAGGUCAUGGGCUCCAUUCCUGGCCUGAGCGGUCAUGAUGGCACUGUGGAUUAAGGAUGCACAGGCUCCAGAUGCUCCAGGACUGGCCACAGAAGGCAUCAACAAUGGCUCCAGCGAAGUGCGUCGCCAUGUUGUUUCUGUUCUUAACGCUCAGGCUCUCACUUGCUCCGUAGCAUUUCGGUUUAUGUGGAUUAUGUGGAUUUCCAAGCCUUUUUUAUUUUUAUUAUUUUGCUUUUCAUAGACUGGACAUUUUUUUCUUUCUUUUUUCUUCCAUUCCUCCUCCAAGGGGAAGGUGACAAGUGUUUUGUGUGUCUCCAGCAUCUAGGGCUAGCAGCCCAUUGCAGCAAGGCUCUGGCUUCCAGGUCCUAGGGUACCAGAUUCCUGAGAUACAGUCAAAUAGAGGGAUUAGUUGGGAGUGACAGAUCACAGGAUGGCACAGUGCCACUGGUCAUUCCAGACACACCAGUUUCAAAUAGAACAUCGUCAAGGCUGUGUGUGGACAGUUCUGCACUGGACAAAAACCAGCUCUUUUUUACAGUGAGGGCUAGGACUGAAGCUGUUUUAAUUCUUGUCUAAUACUCUUGAUGUACGUAGUGAAGCUGAUUUUGCCAAGGGGUUCUUCCAGGGCAGAGAAGAAAGCUCUAGUAGAGCUUUCUCAGCCUCAGGGCACUGCAGUUCCUAUUCUGAAUCAAAACCUGGCCACUAGAGCACCUGACUCUCUAAGGGCAAGAGGCUUUGUACUGUUGGACACCGAGGAGACCCUUAAUGUUGUACAAGAUGGUUCCUACCCAUUUAAUAGAGUGCCACUGAACCUUCAGUCCCCAACAUCAUGAAGGGGAUUGGGCGAAGGAAUGGCUGAGGCUUCCUAUUCUGUCCCUCAAGAUGUGGUGAUUUCAAGCAAAUGGCGACUGGGAGGCAUGACCUACAUACCUGAACUCCUCUAGGGAGGCAUCCUUGAGUCAUGUUUCCUACUGUAGCCUUCACCGUUUUACCUUCUGCUGUUCAGAUAUUUACAGAUACAAUUAAAGAACAGCUUGGCUCUGGCCUUCUACAGUGGCUAGCCCCCAAAGCUCGAGAGCCCUUCUUUCUCAGACUAGUGCCAAGCUCUCUCCUCAUCCUGCAAACAGAAACAUGAUUGGUUUGAGUCAAGGAUUGGUUCUCGAGUCUUUUGUCAAUACCCGUGAUCCAUUUUCUCAGUGUUCACUUCUGGGGUGAAGUUGUAUUUUGUUAGGAGGAAAUCGUGUGACCACAAACAUCUACUGUGUCCCCAACACCGCAAUCAGUUUUUCAGUUGUCUUUAAGAAAUGCCUGCCCCCAAGCAGCAAAUUGGGAUGGGCACGGCUGUCCUGAUUGAGACACCACAUUCCAGGUAAGGGAGGAUUGCCAGGCUUCCUGUUCUGUCCAUCCAGAUGCAGUGAACAGCAUGUGCUACUCUGAUAAAUCACAAUCAGGAUGCUUAACUGGAAGGGGAAGCUGAAGCAGGGAUGAGUCGGCCUGCUGAAAACCUACGCUUCUAGGUCCAUAGUUCCUCCACAAAAAAAGACGCCAAAGCAACAAUCCUACCAGGCCUUAAUCUGAAUUUCUAAGUAAAUAAAUAUAUGGUGACUUAUAAAAACCAUGUGCCAGGCUAAAAUGCCACAUUUUUAAAGAAAUGGUAUAGGGCUAUACAAUCUUUUCCUUGUAAUUUUCAAUCUUUGAGGGUUGACACAGCAGGCAUUUGACUGUGAAUUGUUGCACUGAUUGAAUACAUGAUAGCAGGCGCCUGAUAAUUUUUCUUUUUAACUGGCUCUUCCAAACCUACUUUUAAAUAGGAAAUGGUUUCCAUUAACAUGUCUAUUAUAGUGAACAAAAUUAUCUUUAUUUUAAUUUCUAUGAGACAUAAAGCCUUCAGAAUUAUUUUUGAAACGCCACCAAAGUCUUUAGUGUUUAUCUCUUUAGGCAGUCACUUUUGCUAAAGCCAAUUUCGGCUCAUAAGAAAAUAAGCAAACAGGUCCAAGAGGAACCAUCUGAAAGUUCCCAAGUAGGGCAGCAGUCCCAGGAGACAUCUAUCCAGGGCUGACUCUGGUCUGCAGCCGUGACCCCAUGUGCACCAGCCACACUUGCCCUGUGACAGGAAGAGUCCAGAGUGAACUCGCAGCUAAGACUAUCAUGGGAUCUGACGGUUGAGGUCUAUUUUAUCCUUGUCUAUCAUACACAAUCAAGGUCUAAGUGAGCGUCACGUGACCCACGCUUAUCUGCGGACGUGGCACAUUUCUUAAUGUGUGUGUGUAGACCGACACUUAAGGUUUUGCUAGCCAAGGUGCUUUGUCCUCCUUUCAAAUGUGCAUACUUACAAGGUCUUCCUGAGCCUGUAGCGAACUUUGCAAGGGCUUUUGGAAACUCUGGUGUGGCUCUAUAAAGAACAGUCUAAGGCAUAGCCAUAGGCUUUUAUUUAUCCCAAAAACUGUUAAGAAGGGGCUGAGUAACCUUACCACGUAAGGGAAACAGACUAGUAGAUGUCUUCUAAUUCCUACAGACAUUACCUGAAUGGGUGGGUAGGGGGGGAUAUCUUAGUCUGCUGCAGGGUUGGAAUGCCUAUAGCACUGGCACGAACUGAGAACCACCAGGCUUCUGUAUUUCUGUAUCCCCCUAUGCACUGUGUGCCCCUUCCAAUUCUGCACAAUGAUUUAAGUUCUGUGAACUACUUCAGAGCUGCCAGGAGUCCCGGUUAUCACUUCAUGCUGGAAGUGAAAGGCAGAGAAAAGCAUCAAGAUAGUAACAAAAACACCACUUGUCAAAACACUUCCUCCCAUAAAUGCUUUCAAUUAUGAACGUUUAACUCAGAGUAUGUCCCAGUCAUUAUAUGAACACAGUGCCCCAAGUAAAACAAACACCACCAGUGUUCCCUCAGCGUACAGUGUCACUUACUGAAUUACACUUAUUUAAUGUUUUUAGAGGCCAACAGAGAAAAAAAACUCACUGAUAGCUAAAAUUUCUGCCAUCAUCUUCAUUACGGCUUGGUCCUAGGGAGGGAGUGGGGUACAAAAGCUUAAGUAACAUUAGUAUUU